AUGAAGCACGUUGGAUCUUGGAUUCUUUGGCUUUGGAUGAAAAUCUUCUUGCUCCCUGCAUCCACUUCCAUGUCUGUCCCAGAUAAGUCAGGUAUAUUAUGUCCUAUCCUGAAAACUGGUAGAUCUCAGUUUCAACAAUCCUCUGAAGGUGCCUCUGAUAUUUCAGGAUUUGAUCUAGCAGAUAGGUUUUCGCUGAGGCAAGCUACCUGCACUGGCGAAAAGACCUGCUUUAAACUGGGAAGCACAACUCUUACUCGAGAUACUCAGAAGAUAUUUCCAGAGGGGCUUCCAGAAGAAUAUGCUUUAGCUGUCACAUUCCGUGUGAGACGAAACACCAAAAAGGAACGAUGGUAUAUAUGGCAAGUUUUAAACCAACAAAACAUCCCCCAGGUGUCUGUCAUAGUCGAUGGGACAAAAAAGGUGGUGGAGCUGAUGGCCCAAGCUGCUCAGGGAAAGGCCUUGCUCUACACAUUUAAAAAUCGAGAAAUUCACCCUCUAUUUGAUCGUCAGUGGCAUAAGCUUGGCAUCAGCAUACAAUCAAGGAUCAUUUCCCUCUAUGUGGAUUGUAAUUUAAUUGAGAGAAGGCAGACGGCUGAAAGGGACACCGUUGACUUUCGUGGAAGAACUCUGAUUGUUGCCCGGGCUGCUGAUAGCAGACCUGUAGAUAUUGAACUUCACCACCUCAUAAUUUACUGUAACCCAAAUGUUAUAUCAUUAGAAGCGUGCUGUGAAAUAUCAGAUUCCAAGUGCCCACAGGAGGACCAGUUGGAAACUAUUUCUUCAUCAUCAGUGACUGCCUACACCAGGAGGCUCCCGACUCACGCACAAUCAAAGCAGGAAUUUAGAGACCAAUGCCAGUGCUUUCCCAAUAAAGGAGAAUCAGGAUUGCCAGGACCAGCAGGUUUACCUGGUCAGAAGGGGGAAAAGGGAGAACAGGGAGAAGAUGGAUUGCUUGCUGCCUCUGGCCCACCAGGUCCCAGUGGACCUCAGGGAGAACGUGGCUCUGAAGGAAGCAAAGGAGAAGUUGGUGAAAAGGGUGAACAAGGAGAAAAAGGAGAUCCAGGCAUUGAUGGCAAAGAUGGCAAAGAUGGCUUGAAAGGUGAUUUGGGUCCUCAUGGUCUGCUUGGCCAAAAGGGAGAGAAGGGAGAGAGAGGUGCCCCAGGACUUCCAGUCUUAAAUGGUGCUCUGGGUUUACAAGGACCUCCAGGUCCACCUGGGAAAGAAGGACAGAGGGGAAGACGGGGCAAAACAGGUCUACCGGGGAAACCAGGACCUCCCGGCCCUCCAGGUGAGCAAGGAGACAUUGGCAUACACAGUGCUAAAGGUGGAAAGGGAGAAAUUGGGAUAGAAGGAUCUCAAGGAAUGAAGGGUGAACCUGGGGACCCUGGUCCACCUGGAUCUGUGGGAAGCCCAGGACUUCAGGGUCAGCAAGGCCCUCCCGGAUCUGAGGGACCCAGAGGACCUCAAGGAGAUGUCGGAUUGCCCGGAGAGCAUGGUAUUCCAGGAAGACCAGGAAUUAAAGGAGAAAAGGGCGAUUCUGGGGGAAUUAGUGGCCCACCUGGACACCCUGGUCCCAAAGGUGAGGCAGGUCCUCCAGGGAUAAGCCUGCCAGGUGAUCCAGGUUUGGAUGGUGUUCCUGGAACCCCAGGUCCAAGGGGGCCGAAGGGUGAAAGAGGGCUGCCAGGGGUACAUGGAUUUCCUGGAGACAUAGGGCCACCAGGUGUAGGAAUUCCUGGAAGACCCGGCUCCGCGGGUCCCUCUGGAGAACCGGGCAUUCAGGGCCCGAGGGGUCUCCCUGGGUUACCAGGAAUAGCAGGCCUCCCAGGUGCCGAUGGAGCUCCAGGGAGAGAAGGCAAGCCAGGGCUUCCAGGUCCCCCGGGUGAGCCGAUUGCACUUCCUCUCUUAGGGGACAUUGGAGCUUUAUUGAAGAAUGUGUGCAGCAGCUGCCCACAUGGUGUCCCAGGAUUUAAAAGUGUGAAAGGAGAAGAAGACAUAACUGGUCAGCCUGGCCAGUAUGAUUCUGAAGCAAGGAAGGGUGACAUGGGGCCACGAGGUGCUCCAGGAAUCCCUGGCAGAGAAGGACCAAAGGGCAUCAAAGGUGAGCGAGGAUUUCCUGGGAUGCCUGGAGAGAAAGGGGAUGAGGGUCUCCAAGGAAUUCCAGGCCCCCCAGGAGUCCCAGGCCCUACUGGACCUUCUGGAUCGUUUGGAAGGACUGGACACCCAGGCCCAGCUGGAGAAAAAGGUGAUAAGGGCAGUGAGGGUGCCCCUGGGAAACCUGGACCACCUGGACCCCCAGGUGUACCUCUCAGUGAAGGGACAGGAAUGAGCAGCUUAUACAAGCUCCAGGGAGGUGUUGGCGCUGCUAUCUCCCCUGGUCCUCCUGGUCCUUCCGGCCCAAAAGGUGAUCCAGGUUCAGUGGGAGAACCUGGCCCAAUGGGACUGCCUGGACUAGAAGGAUUCCCAGGAGGAAAGGGAGAUCAAGGCCCAGCUGGUUCUCCCGGAAUAGCUGGAAUACCUGGGAAGCCUGGAGCUCCUGGCCCCCCAGGAAUGCCAGGAGAGCCAGGUGAGAGAGGACCUGUUGGAGACAUAGGAUUUCCUGGACCAGAAGGACCAGCAGGAAGGCCAGGAAUAAAUGGAAAGGGUGGAUUGCCAGGUCCUCAGGGCAUUAUGGGAAAAACUGGAGACAGAGGCCCUAAAGGAGAGCGGGGUGAUCCAGGAAUUCCAGGAGACAGAGGUCCACAGGGUGAAAGAGGAAAGCCUGGUCUUUCUGGAGCAAAGGGGGUCAUAGGACCCAUUGGACCACCAGGAUCCAAAGGAUCUCCCGGCUACCAAGGGCCUCCAGGUUCUCCAGGGAUACCAGGAAUCCCGGCUAACGCAGUUUCAUUUGAAGAAAUUAAAAAAUAUAUCAACCAGGAGGUCCUCAGGAUUUUUGAAGAGAGAAUGGCUUUGUUCAUAUCCCAGCUGAAAUUACCAGCUGCAAUGCUCGCUGCUCAUGGAAAACCUGGACCACCAGGCAAAGAUGGAAUGCCAGGACCGCCGGGAAAUCCUGGACCUCAAGGUUACAGAGGACAGAAGGGAGAAAGGGGCGAACCUGGAAUUGGGCUCCCAGGGAAUCCUGGAUUGCCCGGCCCUCAAGGUCGGAUUCACCACAACUUCAGGACUCUUCAGAACCACGAUUCAAACCAACAACCCACCUGCCCAGUCCAAGGCAGUACAUUCAUGCACGAGAUCACCGUUCCCUGA